AUGGCGGAACUCAAAGCGAACCUUGUCCCGUACAACUUGCAUGACGCUUUCGGGCGUGACUGCAGGGGAGACGACAUUCUUGUGCUUGACGUUGGGCGUGAUGAGAAGGGUAAGCCGACUGAGUCUCUGAAGUGGUUUCGUGGGAAGAGCAAGGCUGAGCGAGAGUGGGAGCAGGCAAUGGGAAUCAUUGCGGUGUUUAUUGGCUAUAUGCCUCGUUUGAAGGAGUUGACCUGGAUCGCGGACAUCCCUUUCAUAGGCCCAAUGUGGGAGACGAUCCCCAAAUCCCUCACGAAGCUCGUUCUCGAUCUUGGCCAGCCCAUUCAUAUCGAACGGGACGGCGACAUCGAGUACAAGUCGUACAUCACGCAGACGGAUAUGCGGCCUCUUGUCCAGCGGACCGAACUUAAGGAGCUCCGGCUGUUCCGUAUGCACGACUCGAUGCAGUCUGUUAUUUGGGAGACUAUAUUUAGGAAUGCGUCCGAGAGCGGCGUGCGCGUUGCUGACUUGCAGAUGGCUGCGGAGCCGCUUGUUCGUGCGACGCAUUGGCAUAAGGCUGAGGAUGUGAGGGGCUUGACGGUUCCGAAGCAGGACUCUAAUGAGAAGGAGUACAAGGGCAUAGAAGGAAAGGGUGUGUUGCACCACUCGUUCGGCACGGGUGAAUAUCUCGAUGCUUUCUGCAUGCGCAAGGCACGUAUCGCUGCGGGUUUGGAGGAAGCUAAGCCACUUCCCCUUUGGUGCCUCAAGCUUGACGGCUUCGUUGUUGAUUACCUUCCUUUCGAGCAUGAGCUUUCUCGCAUUGCCCUGCUGACCUGCGGUAAAAACUGCAUUGAUGGUGGCCUACGGGCCCCCAAAACCCCGCUUAGUCCUCACAAUAGAUGGAGCAAGAUUGUCAACAAUGCCACUUCGCACUGUCUUAUUCAGUGGCCCAACUGGACUGGAGUCUUUGACGAUCAAGGCGAUCAACGCGACAACUAUGGCGAGAUUGUCUCUCAGGAAACUGGCCUCUCGACCCUGGCCAAUGGACAGCUGUCGCCUUCUCCGAUGCCCUUGACAAAGACGGCACUCCAGAAGAAGGACUUGGGAGAUGCCAUUGACUGUAUUACCAAGAAAGAGGAAGGUCCGCCUGCCGCUGCGAAAUGUCUUUCACUGUUAGCCGACGAUGCACCGUCGAGCAUGGCUUCGGACGUGUCAGUCUGUGGCUCUGAUGUCCCUACGCCAGGUGCCGGCUCGGUGUCUCCAAACUCUCCUAAGAUGCCUACGGUCGACGGCUCAGCCACGUACAGUAAUGCUGCUUCGAUGGGUGCAAGCCUGACUUUGGUUGAGAGCGCCAACACGGUGCAGUCAGGCAUCUCGACUGACAGCAGCUUCGACAAUGUGAGCCCUGUGGAUGUUCAUGCAGCCAACGGCUUCGACAGCACGGCGCCUAAAGAGAAGACCAUGGCCAAGACUGGCGGCUUCAAACACAAGGUAAGACGAUCUUUGGACUGGCUUUCUGGCUCGCGUUCUGAUUCUGGCGAAACCGUUUGA